GCCAGCAGCAAAGCUGAGCUGAGCUGCUCAGUGAAGCUGAGGAGCUAGUUUUGUUUGGAGCGCGCUCUCUCAUGUUCGAGCCAAGCACUCACUUCUGAUGCACGUCUCUCGCCAUUAAAAGGUCCAGCAUCGCCUGGCCUUUGAAGCCGACUUCCCUCACUUGAAGCAAAUGGGUGGUGGUGUCGAGUCGCUUGUCAUGGAGAACCUGAUGGAGUGGGAGCUGGUCACAGAUGCUGGCGACCAGAAGCCUCCUUCGUCCGCGGCGUCCACAACCUCGGAGUCUGCAGCAAGCAAUGCUUUGGUUCUGGAGUACUUAACAAACCUGGACAUUGAUAUCGUGCCAAGGGAGCGGCCUAGAAACCCCCCAUUGCAGCAAAGACCCAGCGUCAUGUUGAGACAUGAUGAGGAGAGUCUGUCGCAGUCACCAGAAGCUGGUCCAAUUGCAAACCCUCCCAGUCUUCCACUUCCAGAACCCGAUCUGCAGAGCUCAGUGAUCAAGCCUGAGGUGUCGAAUUCAGCAGAGUCGCUGGAGGCACAGCGAGAAGAACAAAGCCAGGCUCAGCAGGAGGAACAAAGCCAAGGUCAGCAGGAGACACAGCAGAUGAUGCAGUCGGGGCUGGACUGGGCCCCAAUGACCAUCGAUAGUGUAAUCGCGAAGACUGCGAUUGAAACUGCAAGAGAAGUCCUUGCGGAGGUUUCUGAGGAGGGGAAGGAAGCUGAUUUGAAGGAGGAGGAUAACACCGCCACACUGGUGAUCCUGAGGAAGGUGACAGAGCUCGCGCUCCUUCAGAAGAGCCUGCCAAAGGCGAGUGAGCAGGGUGCGGCUUUGGCAACCAUUGAGCUUUUGAUGCGGUUGGAGGAGACGGUCGGAGGCCCAUUGGAUGGCAUCCCAACUGUGCACGACACAUUGAAGGUUCAGACAGCAGAGAAGGCCGAGUCUGCAACGGUGAUGACAGCCCUGGAAGGUUUCUUUGGCAAGGUUACUGAGGCCCUUAGGUUGACUGAGGUGCGCGUCCAGCUGACGCAAGCUGAAGAGAAGGCUCGGGAGAGGCGCAAGAAAAGAAUGCAGUUCCUUGGCACGGUGGGAGGGAUGAGCGCUCUCCUGUUUGUUGGGGCGGGGGCCGCAGUGCUAGCGGCGGAGGCCAGUCUGGCCAGUGCAUACACUGCGUACAACAUCUUCUUCAACCCCACCGCCAUCAGCGCCGCUUCUGCGGCCGUCGAGGCCGCAAGCGGAGUCGCCAGCCUGUGUGGCCUGGGUGCAGUUGUGCCUGGGGCGACCGCUGCUUCUUUGGGGGUCUUGGACAUGUUCAAGGCGCACUGCCGGCCAGUCAAAGUCGGCCAGGUGGCACGGCUCAAGAUGCUCGAUUGCAUGCUGGGGUACUUGACGGAGGGCUCGGGGACGCCAUAUGAGCCCAUCGAGGACCCGGACGUCCUCAAGGCACGCAUGCUGUCCAAAUGGAGGGAGCUGGACCUCGCAGCGCUUCCCAAUGCAGAGAUUGUUGCAAAGCUGACGGCGGAGCACGCAGGGCGGUCGGCUCGCAUCUGUGGGGUUGCCACGACGAACUUGACGUCAGCAAGCAUUGAAACCCUCGUGCAGCAUGCCAGGCUGCUUGACCUGGUUGACCAGCUGGAGGUCCUGGUGUGGAACACGUGCUUCGUGGGCGUCAUUGGUCCGCAGAACGCAGGUAAGAGCACGCUGAUCAAGGCAAUGGCGGACGCACUCGGCCGCAAGGACGUCGGCGUGGCGGACAUCGGCAUCAAAGCGCACACCAAGCGCGUUGGCGCCUACCAGCUCAAGGAUACGCUAUGGAUCCUGGACUGCCCCGGCAGUGACAGCAUUUCGGAUGAGCUGGCCGUGGCCUGGCAGAACUUCCGCUCGCUCCCGAGCUUCUUCGUCCUUGUGCUCCACUACGGCAACGGCAUCACGCGCUCCGUGGCCGACCUCUACCAGCAAGUGCGCGCGCGCUUCCCCGACACCAAGAUCGUAACCCUGGUUAACCAAGUUGACCGGUACUGGGACGAACUAGAGGAGGAUGGCGUGGACGAGAGUUUGGGGCACUUGGUCGAGGUGCUCGAGACGGCGGUCGGCGAGAAGGUGGACGUGCGCUUCUCGGUGCUUAGCGACAAGAAGUACGAUCGUGCAAUGAUGAAUAGCGGAGUUCUCGGCAGCGAUGGUGCGUGCCAGAGAAUCAUUUACACGGCGGAGGAGAUGAGCCGGGCGCUCGCAGAUGACUAGGGGCUUAGGGUUUGGGGGC